CGUUUCCGGUCAGCUCUUCCGCCGCCGCUCAGAGUCCGGAAGCGAGGGUCGCAGUUGCCGGUUUCGUGUGUCGCCGCUCCUUCGCCUCCUUCGCUAUGGGGAAGACGGACUUCUUGAGCCCCAAGGCCAUCGCCAACCGCAUCAAGUCGAAGGGGCUGCAGAAGCUGCGCUGGUAUUGCCAGAUGUGCCAGAAGCAGUGCCGGGACGAGAAUGGCUUUAAAUGUCACUGCAUGUCCGAAUCUCACCAGCGACAACUGCUCCUGGCAUCCGAAAACCCUCAGCAAUUCAUGGAUUACUUUUCAGAGGAAUUCCGGAAUGAUUUCCUAGAACUUCUCCGGAGAAGAUUCGGAACAAAGAGAGUCCACAACAAUAUCGUAUAUAAUGAAUAUAUCAGCCAUCGGGAACACAUCCAUAUGAACGCUACGCAGUGGGAAACUCUGACGGAUUUUACAAAGUGGCUCGGGAGGGAAGGCCUUUGCAAAGUCGACGAAACGCCCAAAGGCUGGUACAUCCAGUACAUUGACCGAGACCCCGAGACCAUCCGGAGGCAGCAGGAACAGGAAAAAAAGAAAAAACAGGACUUGGACGAUGAAGAAAAAACGGCAAGAUUCAUCGAACAGCAAGUCAGGAGGGGCUUGGAGGGAAAAGAUCAGGAAGAGCCGGUCUUCACUGAACUAAACAGAGAAAACGAGGAGGAAAAAGUGACCUUCAACUUGAACAAAGGAGCAAGCACUUCAGCUGCUGCAGCACAGCAACCCAAAGGCAGCUUGCUUGGCGCCAGUGUGCUGAAGCCGCCAGGAGCGCUGCUCCCCGUUAAGCGGAAAGAAAUCCCUCCGACGUCAAAGCAAAUUAAGGAGAAGAGGAAGAAAAAAUCCGCCCUUGAUGAGAUCAUAGAGUUUGAAGAAGAGAAGAAAAAGUCUGCCCGAAUGGACUACUGGUUGCAACCUGAAAUUGUGGUCAAAAUCAUAACCAAGAAACUUGGCGAGAAAUACUAUAAAAAAAAAGCCGUCGUUAAGGAGGUAAUUGACAAAUACACGGCAGUUGUGAAAUUGACCAAUUCCGGAGAUAAGCUCAAACUUGACCAGACGCAUCUGGAGACGGUGAUCCCAGCCCCAGGUAAAAAAGUGCUGAUUUUAAACGGAGGCUACAGAGGGAAUGAAGCCACGUUACUGAGCAUCAACGAGAAGUCAUUUUCCGCCACGGUCCUCAUUCAAUCGGGAGCUCUGAAAGGACGUACGGUGGAUGGUGUUCCAUACGAAGACAUUUCUAAGUUGGCCUCCAUUGACUAAAAGAGCUGAUGGGAUCUCUGAGGAACAUCUCCGGAGAUGGCUGCAGAUGAACAACUCCAGUAGACCCUCAACUCAAGAGUUGAACCGUCAACUUCAAGGAGCCAACGAGAUUUCUGAAGGAUGCCCUAUAAAUACAGUAUAUUGGAUCCUCCAUUUAUUUAUAAGCCCUUUGUAGAUCAACCAUGGGCAAUCUCGUAAUAGAUUCCUCCUAAUUCAUUGCUGGGAAUCUUGAUUAGAUUGGUUCACCUGUAGCGCAGUCUCAGCCAUCUACGGCCCUGCGGUCCAUAGAAAUUUUCCUAAUGUACAUUUCCUGCAGAAAUUGGAACCAUCUGUGGUCGGAGUUAUCUUCUACCUGUAGUGCUGACUAUGGUGGUGUAACUUCAGGGGUGCCAGCGAAGAGUUUAGCGUUCUCACACGCUGACACGAAAAUAGUCUUCCGUUCCGUUGGGAUGGGAUUCACCAGCAACAGGAUGUUUACUAUCCCGCCCCCCAAAACGCAUAACCUGUGCCACUGUCACCCUGCCAACUUUUUAAAUUGGCCAAUUUUUUUACAAAAUCAUCGAGACUUAACAAGACCAUGGAUGGUCGUGCGCCAACCUUGUGAGAAAAGCGUGCCAGUUCCUAAUCUAAGUCAUGGAUUCUGACGGGAUGGGAGAAUCUUCAAAGAGCUCCAAUUUUUGUUUAUUUUUUUCCCCCCCCAGUUCUUCCUCGUACUGUAGAAGAGGCUACCAAGCAUCUUGAUAAGGAUGUUUUAUCAGAUUUGAGGAAAAACACUUCCGAGCAGCCAAAAAAUCUGGUCCCACGGUUAGCUGGACCUUCUGAAUUGGACUACAUCCAGGCAGCUGUUUUUGCAUUGCAAUGUUUAGCGAUGUUGAAAUAUUUAAAGAGAAUUGGUAAUGAUAGCUCUGUGCUUGGAAAAUCAGUUUUCUCGAUCUGGGCUUUCACUCGUCCAUUAUACGCGGCUCUUCGGACCAGCAGGAACAUCCAUUAAUGGGUUGGUUGUUUUUUUUUUUAAUUGUAUAAUGAUUUUGUACGGAACAGAGAAAAAUGGAGUUAUUUUAUCGGUGCGGUGUUUCUUUUGAACCACUGUGCGCGUCCCAAAUAAAUGGACUUCGACGCCCUUAAA